AUGUCCGGACUCUUCCAACCUUUGCGCAUCGGCAAUGUCGAGCUGCAGCACCGAGUGGUCAUGGCGCCCCUCACUCGCAUGCGCUGCGACGCUGAAAAUGUCCCACUUCCAGUGGCCACUACAUACUACGAGCAACGCGCUUCGGUCCCUGGCACAUUGAUCAUUGCCGAAGCAACUCAGAUCUCAGCCGCUGAGGCUGGAAUUCCCCACGCCCCAGGAAUUUGGACCGAGGCCCAAAUCCAAGGAUGGAAGAAGAUUACUGAUGCUGUUCACGCCAAAGGCAGCUCUAUCUUCUGUCAAUUGAUCGCUCUCGGUCGAGCAGGCAGCCCGGAGCAAUUGAAGAAGGGAGGAAAUGGGCUUUUCGCACCUAGUCCCCUUCAGAUGGAGGACGGUAUGCCGAUUCCCGAGGAGCUUGGCGAGGAGCAAAUCCAACGGAUCAUUGGCGAGUUCGCAACCGCCGCGCAGAAUUGCGUUCGGGCUGGAUUUGACGGCGUUGAGGUUCAUGGUGCUAAUGGAUACCUCGUUGACCAAUUCUUGCAAGAUGUCUCCAACCAAAGACAAGAUCAGUGGGGUGGAAGUGUUCCGAAUCGCGCUCGAUUCGGUCUCGAGGUGGCCAAGGCAUUGGUAGAAGCGGUUGGGGCUGAGAAGGUCGGAUUCCGAAUCAGUCCAUGGAAUACCUGGCAGGGCAUGAAGAUGGCGGACCCCGUUCCCCAAUUCUCAUACCUGGUGGAACAGCUGAAGGAUCUCAAGCUUGCGUAUCUUCAUGUCGUUGAGUCCCGUGUGAUCAACAAUGUGGACUGUGAAAAGGGCGAGAGUAUUAAGCCCUUCCUUGACAUCUGGGGCAAAACUUCACCUGUGCUUGUUGCUGGUGGAUACAACCCAAGCAACACCGCAGCUGCGCUCGAGGAUGAAUACAAGGACAACGAUGUUGCUGUGGUUUUUGGUCGGCAUUUCAUUUCGAACCCUGAUCUUCCGUUCCGACUUAAGCAUCAGAUUCCCCUGACCAAGUAUGACCGGUCUACUUUCUAUGCGGCUAUGUCAGAAGACGGCUACGCAGGGUACCCGUUCAGUGCGGAGUUCACCAAGCAAUAA